AUGAAUUUGGAUCAGUUUGAAUUGGAGUACCCAACUCAUCACUCCUCUCAACAAAAGGAGGAGGCUAGUGGCCUACUGUCGUCACAAACAGGUGGCUUCCCACCGUCUUCACUUCCGGAGGGGAUUCCCAGUUCAUCUUACCCUGAUUUGGUAGCCACAUCACAACUAUCCUCUUCCCAAUUGGAAAGAAUUGGAAGACCAGCUCGUGCAACUGUGUCUCAGAAACUUGAGGCUCUUGACUGGUAUCAUUCGCAUGGCUCAUCCCAGAAACGUACAGUAUCACACUUUACCCAAAAGGGUACCUUUGGGAUUACGAGGUCUUCUUUUAACAGAUGGAUUAAUGAUGAAGACCGUAUAAGAGAGGCAUACGAUAAACUUGGAACUGAUUCGAGGUCUACAUUCAAGACAGUACACGAAAGGAAAAAUGGUGAAGUAGACAAAUGUUUGGAAAUGUGGUAUGAACAGAAACUGUUUGCAAAUCAACAUGUAACUGAACGUGAUCUUAUUCAGAAGUGGUUUACAUUCGACAAGUUGUAUAACCCAUCUCAAUCAGAUGCAGUGAAAAAGGAAGUGAAAUCAAACGGCUGGGUAUACCACUUUAAGAGUCGGUUACAGCACAAAAGAUCAAACGUGGAAACUUUCCAGCGUUCGAUGGCUUCCACGACAAAGCUGCAAGAAAUCACACAUCUCCGAAAGCUUUUAGAACAUGAACCUUCUAACAGUGUUUUCUUCAUGGAUGAAUUUAUGCUUACAAAUACAGUAGUUCCACAGGAUGGGCCAAGAGAUGUAUUUACCGUUGGAGUGUGCAGUAACGCUGAUGGUACAGAGGUUUGGGAUCCAUUGAUUGUAUCUCCUUCUAAAAUUGAGGGAUGCUACCACUCUGGGAUCGGCUUUACAACAGAAAUCUUCUGGGAAUAUAUCAAGCGAAUAGAUUCAUCUUUAAAUGGUCGUAAAGUGACGCUUCUUCUGGAUAGUCUACAUCAACAUGUGGUUGCACAAAAUCUGACCAACAUCAAAGUAAUAUGGGUUAGGUUCUCUGCAAAUUUAUUCACAAACAUUAUACGAUGGUUUAAACUUGAGUUCAAAAUUAUGCUGCUAAAAUUUAAGAUUCUUUUUUGGAUGACUACAGGGACUGAUCACUCUUUAAAAGGCGAGGAUUUUGUGAAGUUGGUGAAGGAGACCAGUUCUCAACUUCGUGAUCAAAAAUCGUUGAUCCAGCAGUGCUGGUCAUUUUCAAACGUAUUAUGUGAUGAAGGACAAACACAUCUAUAUCAGUUCAGAGAUCAAGAGGUGAAAUUUGCAAGAUUAUUAAAAUUGGCAUUGGAUGAAAAGAUACUGACCAGCCCACUGCUGAUGGGUAUCGAUGAGAUAUUAUUCCCAUCAGAUGAAGAGGUCUCCAAUACGAUUCUUUCUGAUCAAGAUAUCGUGGCUCGUGUGAAAAUUCUCAACAGGUCGAUGAAUGAAUCAGACCCGAAGAAAGGAUCUCAGCAAAUGUAUAGCGAAGUUGGCAGCGUUGAUGAAACUGACUUGGAGGACAUAGGAAAACUUCUGAUCUUGGCGCUGAAGCCCUUUUUCGACAAUAAUCCUGAGAAAUUCAUCAAAUCUCGCGAAGCAUUGAAAGUUCUGAUGAAUCAGUAUGUGAAGGAGAGCAUGGACCUGUGGUUAGAUGUACAGCACUCUACAGAAACGCGGCAGAGUCUAUUUGAAAGUUGA